GAAGAACAUUUUAAAAUGACACGUUUAUCACAACCAUUUCUUGGCGUUUAUUACAUUCCUAAGAUUUGUCAAGACAAGCUAGACGACACUUCCCAGUUCUCCUCAACAACACAGCUCUUCAUUCAUCAUUGCUAAUAACAUGGGUGAUUCUUCAACAAGUAAGAUAAAGCUCUACUCUUUUUACCGGAGUUCUUGUGCCUGUCGUGUAAGAAUUGCUCUCAACUUGAAAGGGAUUGAUUAUGAGUAUAAAGCUGUUAAUUUGUUCCAAGGUGAACAGUUCAGUCCUGAUUUCUUGAAGCUCAAUCCUCUUGGUUAUGUGCCGGUGCUGGUCGAUGGUGAGACAACGCUUGCAGACUCGUUUGCCAUCUUAAUGUACCUGGAAGAGAAGUAUCCUCAAUACCCUUUGUUGCCUGAAGAUCCUAAUAAAAGGGCAAUAAAUUACCAGGCUGCAAAUAUAGUUUGUUCAAGCAUACAGCCUUUUCAAAAUCUAGCUGUGCUGAAGUAUAUCGAUGAAAAUGUUGGUAGUGGUGAGAGCAUUCAUUGGGCUCUUACCCAUAUCAAUAAAGGCUUUGCAGCUCUUGAGAAACUUCUAGCCAAGUAUGCUGGAAAGUAUGCCACUGGAGAUGAAGUUUUUCUGGCAGAUUUGUUUUUGGCACCCCAGAUUCAGGGAUCAAUCACAAGGUUCAACAUCGACAUGACCUCGUACCCUCUUCUUUUAAGGGUAUACAAGGCAUAUGAAGAACUGUCUGCUUUCCAAGAUGCUAUGCCGGAAAAACAGCCAGAUGCACCCAAAGAUAUUAAAGAAUAGAGAACUAUCAGGCAGUUUGAACUAAAAGCAUAUCUGGUGCAAACUGGGAAAAAGAAGAAACACAAACUCCAUGUAUCUAGAAAUGAUCGUUUAAUUAUUUAGAAUAAGGUGAGCAAAUACAUCGGUUGCUUCUUGCAACUUACUCAAGUUGUAUUGCCGUGUGGUUGUGGACGGAAAUAAGUUAGACAUCAUUGGCCCCUAAUGUACAUUAUAUAGUUUCAUUUCUUU